AAGAAGGAACUGGGACAAGUCACUGGCUGAUUUGAAAACACAUUUUAACGUGUUUAUAAUCAUUAGGACCUAUUUUUCUUUGAUCGCAAGACAUUAUGAUAACUACAUUUCACCACCAGAGUGAAUGAAAGCGUUUACAUUACUUUCUUACUACUUCUUCGUUUACGUUUGACGCUUGUUUUUAUGUACUCGGACUACAACCUGGAAAUAAAAUCGUACAAUGUCCACUGUGCCGUGCUACCUCUAAUAGGAUGAGCAAAAGUCAAGAAGAUGAAUUCAUAGCUGUGAGGGUUCAGAAUCCUCGGGUUCAGAAUGAAGGAUCGUGGAAUUCGUAUGUGGACUUCAAAAUUUUCCUUCAUACGAACAGCAAAGCCUUCACUGCGAAAACAUCCUGUGUAAGGCGACGAUAUAGCGAGUUUGUGUGGUUGAAGAAAAAGCUGCAGAAGAAUGCUGGUCUUGUGCCUGUUCCUGAUCUACCCAAAAAGUCACUGUUUACCUUUAUAAAUGAUGACUUUAUUGAAAGAAGGAGAAAAGGUCUACAGAGCUUUUUGGACAGGGUACUGCACAUGACGGUAUGCCUGUCCGACAGCCAACUCCAUCUCUUUCUGCAGACUCAGCUUCCUGUCAAGCACAUUGAGGAUUGUGUGCAAGGCCAUACACCCUACACUGUGACAGAGGCCAUUCUGACAUAUGCUUCCUCAAACCGUGGAUGGGUGCAGGAGGAAGGAGAUGGGUCCCCAGAGUUAUGGUCUGCUCCUGUUUCAUAUGAAUCCAUAGAGAGCCCUGCUCCUCACGUGCCAUCUUUACAAUGCGCAGGAGCCACGUCAAGUGUACUAGAGCCUUUUAAUGAACCUACAGAUGUUUCAGAUCUAGAAACAGAACAGACUGCACAUUACUCAAAGCGGGGGAGUGACCAUGAACAGAUAUUAAAAGAGGAAGAAUGCACCAUUAAUUUGAUGGUUGAAGUCCACCCAAGCAUUACUCAUAUAACUUCAAUAGAAACUAAACUGGAGGCUGAAGAAGGUGGAUCAGAAGAGACACAAAAGCUUGAUGAGAAACUCAAAAAAUUACAAGGGAAUGGAUGUGAAUAUCAUGUUACACAAAAAGUCGGGCCCCUCGAAGUCCAGCAUCUCCAAGGAGAUCUUAAUGGUGUAGAAGCUAUUCAAGAUAUGUCUGUUGGAAAAGAUGUUGAGAUUACAUCAAUAAUUGAAGGAGGAGAAAAGGGCCAGAAGGAAGCUGUCCUCGAGCAGGAAUACACUGUGAGACAAACCUUUCCUGACAAGGAUGUUCCUGAAAAAGUCAUUUCGGAUCUCAAUGCUGCCCAGAGUGACCACAACGGGAAGGAUCUUGAAGAAACAUCCGAUAAAGAUUGUGAAUCUUACGAAGCCAGCAUCUCUGUGGAGAACGUCCCAGAUACUAAAGACCAAGAUCAAGCAGAGAUAACCAUCCAGGCGAACGGAGACUCCAGCAAAGAUACUGCUAUCCAGGAAGAUGCUGUGGAUGAAACCAGCUGCACACAUUCAGAGAUCAGUAAAUGCAAUGAAGAUCAUGUAGAUGAGGUGAACAAGAUCAAUGCAAAAAGCGUUCACACUGGCAGUGCCAUUUUGAUACUUGAGGGAACUGAGGAAGCGCUCGGUACGCAAAUCGAUUCAAAGAGCGUCAGCACUGAGAUUUCAUCUGAAGAUGGCGAUGCAAAUACUUCCGACAUCAACACGCUUGUUUUACAAGCCAUAGAGGUUGAUUCAAUGAAAUGUGAGGAAAAUGAUAGUCGUAUGAUCAUCACUCCCCAUUAACCAGAUGUUAACUAAUUCCUAUUGGCAAUGCUUGUUAACCGAAUCUGAAAUAAACUGUCGUCAACAGAUACAGUCACGGACUAUAUCCAUAAUACACAAUACACAGUCCCUCUAGGGUGUUCUCAGCUGUAAUUCAAAGCAUGUGAGUUCAAAAUAUUAGCUGUAUAGACUUUGAAGGAAGACAUUUCACUGUUGACAUGUCCAGUUACAGUCGGUUUAUAUAGAAGAUACACUGAACCAUUAGACAAGCUGUAGUUUUCUUUUACAAGGUGAAUGUAAAGCUUGCAAAGAUAAUACACUGACUAAUGUGGCAUUAAGGGUGGUCAUUUGUACAUGCAAGAAAUAGUUACAAACACGUGAUUGAGAUUUGCUGCCAUGUGACGUGUGUAUAUGCAAUGUUAGCAAUGUUUCAAAUUUCAGUUUUGGCUGACUUAAGCACUUCCCUUUCUUCUAAUGGUUCAAAGAUGUUGCUCACAGGUUCACUCUGCUGGACAUUUGGGUUAAUAAUAUUUUUUUAUAUUGCUCAUGUUGGCUUAUUUAGAACCAGUGUGGUUUAUAACAAUGUCAGCUGAUGCCAGUAAGAUCCUGAUAUUUUUUGGAAUUUAAUUGCUUUAUAUGCGAACAAAACACUAAUUUCCUAUCAGUAAUUUUCUGAGAUGCACACAUUGUUUUGCAAUGAUAAUAUUUUUCCCACCCUAACUUAAUGUUGCACUAGGUCUGAGUGUUGUUUGCUCAUUGACUGUCCAUCUAUUUAUAUUCUGCUGUGAUAUUGUAUUACAUUGGCUGCUUCUAAUAGUUGUAUAGAAAUAGAAACGUUUGGUCAUAAAGGACUUGCUUGUAAACUAACAGAAAAGGGAGCUGCUUUAUGUCCUUUGAGUACUGUUUUAAUACCUUAAGUUUUAAAAUGUGGUGUUUUGUUACAUAUAGAUGACAGGAACUUGGGAACGCACAAUAAUGUUUUUACAAAUUCGGAGCACUUCACGUGAUUCAUUUUAUAUUUAUGGUUUUAAGUUACACUAGUCAAACAAUUUUAAAAUGCAUCUUUGUUUUAUUAAAAUGUGGUUUUGAAUAGGAGUUGAAUAUUUUAAUUGCUUCCAUUCACAGCAUUUCUCAGUUUAAAAUUUUAAAGCGCCACAUUUGUUUGUCUGGAGUACAUUUUAUGAGUAGCAGGACGGGUAAUUAUCACUGUUUGGAUGUAUGGAUGGAUUUACCAGUGUGCUUAAUAACAAACAAAUAAAUAAAGGCUGAAUGAGAAAUCUA